GUUUUUAAGGUUAUGGUAUAAAAUAAAUGUUUGUUUUCUAGUUUAACUUUAAAGUACGAUUGGUUGCACAUUUCUUUAAAAAACUAAUUUAUAUUAAUAAAAUCUAAUGAAAAGAAUGGCUUCUUUAAGAAAAUAUAUUGAUAUAGGCGCAAAUCUUACUGAUGAAAUGUAUCAGGGCGUGUACCAUGGAUCUAAGAAACACGAGUCAGAUUUGGACAAAGUUUUGAAAAGAAGUUGGGAUUGUGGAAUGGACAAAAUGAUUAUCACUGGUGGUAGUCUCACUGACAGUAAGAAAGCCAUCGACCUUUCGCGCACUGAUUCCAGACUGUUUUCUACUGCAGGAUGCCAUCCAACUCGAUGCAAUGAAUUUGUACCUAAUCCAGAGAAAUAUCUGAAUGAUCUGCGGGAAUUAAUUACUGAUAAUAAAGAUAAAGUAGUGGCCAUCGGAGAGUGCGGACUGGACUAUGAACGAUUACAUUUCUGUGAAAAGGAUGUGCAAUUAAAGUUUUUCGAAUACCAACUUCAACUGAGUCAAGAAUUCCAUCUACCCUUAUUCCUUCACUGCCGAGCAGCUGCUGAAGAUUUGGUGGAAAUCCUGACCAGAAACCAGGAUAAAGUGGUGGGAGGAGUAGUGCAUUCUUUCGAUGGCACCGAAGAUGCUCUGAACAAGAUUUUGGCACUAGGAUUGUAUAUAGGAAUUAAUGGAUGCUCGCUAAGAACGAAAGAAAAUUUAGAAGUGGCAGCGAAAAUACCAACUAACAGGUUAAUGAUAGAAACCGACUGCCCCUGGUGCGAAGUGAAGGCGACCCAUCCUGGUUAUGGCCAUGUCGUAACCAAGUUUCCAGCAGUCAAGAAGGAAAAGUAUAAUAUUGAGUCAGGCAACCAAGUGAAAGGACGGAAUGAGCCGUGUAAUAUUGUACAAGUGUUGGAGAUUUUGUCUGCAGUAAGAAAAGAAAACAUUGAUGACUUAGCUCAAUCUAUUUAUGAUAAUACCAAUAAGUUAUUUUUUGAAAGUGAAAUAAUAAAAUCUUAAUAUCGUCAUUAGUAUUUUGCCUCUUUUUACAUCUAAAGAAUAAAAAGGUCAAAAGCCUCAAUUUACACAUACAAUGCCCAUCUAUUCCAUUUUGUCCCAGUAAACA